AUGGUUGAUCACAUAUCCCUGUGUGUGCUUUUUGCGUCACCUCUUUCUUUCCCUCUUUCAAAUUUGUUUUUGUUCAUUUUCGCGUUCUACAGUAGGGAAUUAUCGUCGUGGAAGCGUCGAAGGGUAAUGGCAAAACAUCCCGGUGAGGGGGAGGGCGAACAGCAAAGGCUGUCAAUGGGGGCAAAGCGGAGCACUCAUGCCCAGUCGCCGUCACAGCCACCGGACGCGACGGCGGCACCAAUCGAAAUUCUGGAUGCGUCGAAGCCCUUACCCGGCGAUAGCAGUGACUGCAGACCUGGAAGUUCUGAGACCAUUAUAGUUUUCCCACCUCCAAGUAUUUUUAAGCGUGUGGGCAGCACGCAACGCCCAUUGCGGGGCGACACAAAACCUCAUGCCUCUGGGACUGCUGUGUCUUUCGACGAAAAGACCACCUCCCGGGAACCCAUAAGCCACCAAACAAAAGUCAAUCCUCCUCCAUCCAUAAAUGUGCACCGUGUGCCCACCGGUGGGCAACCAGUACCGGCUGGCCCAAGGCAAGUGAAUGAGGUGCCACCGAAAAUGGAUGAUGACGCGGCGGACACCGCGUCGACGCCUGAACCUGACGACGAACAUCUAAGAAGUCUUACAGUGGACGUGAUGUCUCCCAUAAUUUCGGAGGAGGGAGAAGCUAAGGGCACUGUCACCUGUCCGGUGGACGCUAUUUGUGAGCAAGUUGACAAUUUGUCCUCAGACGGUGACAAAGCUGAUAUAGCAUUUGUAUUGUAUUCUCAGUACCUUAAAGAUUAUGAACGAAAGCCAUCGUUUACCGCAGAUACAUGGGAUGAAAUCAAGUACGUGGGCGAUAGCGGAAGGCGGUUUGGUGUCCUGUACGAUGAGGAGCGGGGCGCUGUUCAACUUAUUUUAUUCGGGAAAUGUUAUCGAAUCUUCAUCCUCUCUUUCCUGUUGAGGUUUAUAUGUCUAAUACUUUUCUGGGCGGUUAUGUACAUGUUGGCGUCUCGUAGCAAAUUUUCGCCUGGUGGCUUGUACUUUGACACGUUAUGCACUAUUUUAUUUGCCGGUGUGGUUGGUUCGAUCAUAUCUAGAGUGACGCGUGUCCCCUCAGUUGCUUGCGCAGUCCUAGCGGCUGCUUUAUACAACAACAUUCCUCCCACAGGCAGCCUUACGGCAGGCACAUCUUUGGAUAUGAGGGGCGUAAUUAGUUUGUUUGGGCUCACCGUCGGUAUGAUUAGGGGCGGGUUGGCAUUAAAUCUCAGGGCUUUAAAAGCCAACUUUUUCCGGUAUUUGUGCUUCAGCGUUGUGCCAAUGGUGGCCGAGGCUUUUGCGCACGGUUUUCUCGCAAAGAUCCUGUUUCGUUACCCGACUACUACUUGGGCGUUGUUGCACGGGUUUAUUGUCACGGCUAAUGCUCCAGGUAUCAUUAUACCCGCCUUGAUUGAACUUCAAAGAAAGGGAUAUGGUACCCGAGGCGGUCCCGGUGUGAUGAUACUCAUCUCUGUUUCUGUUGAGGCCACCUUCUGUGUUUGGACCAUCCAGCUGUUGUUGGCAAUCCAGUUCAACACCAUGGGUCUUCUUCUUGCGGGGUUGCUUGGACCUAUACAGAUAAUAGUGGGACUUGUGGUUGGGGUUGGGCUGGGGUACGCAUUUUACUUCGUUGUAUUUGAUAUUCUGUAUAAGGAGGGACAGCGUGUGCCGCUCCGGGAGUCAACCAUCCUUUACGCAACGCAGCGUCACCUGUCACACGUUAGACUCACAUCAUGCUUCAUUGUCAUGCUCGUUUCCAUGGUUUGCACUUCCGUUGGCCGCAUGGUGUCUUGUAUUGGUGGGGCUGCUGUGAUUAUUGUAACAAUGCUGGCCUUGUUUAGUCAUUGGUGCGACGUCGCUAGCAAAAUGGAGCACCUUACCGCUAAGGGUGACGUAUUGGUAUUCUUCCGUGUGCUGUGGGAUUACGUUGCCAUGCCUGCUCUGUUUGCAAUGGCCGGUGCCAGUGUUAAUUUCUCAGAGGUUUUCAGUGGGGAUUUCUUUGCUCCUGGAAUUGCGUGUGUGCUUGCUGGGCUCGUGGUGCGCUGCCUCUCUUCAAUGAUCACACCGCUGCUUCUUCGCAUGCCCUUCACAUGGCGGGAGCUCGUUUUCUGUGGCAUUGGAUCCCUUGGUAAGGGGCCCAUGCAGGCAGCUUUUGGCGCGGUCCCACUCAUGUUUUUGCAAACUAUGGGCGCAAAUAGCGGGAACAGCACUGGCACAGCAGAUGAUUUCUCAGCCGAUGAUGAUAUUAAACACGCCCAAACUCUCAAAAAUAGUGCCGUGCUUUCGAUGCUUGUGGCUUGCCCUCUCUGCUCUAUCCUGCUGGGGGUACUGGCUCAGAAGCUGUUGCGGCGUGACGCCCCCAGUGUUCCAGCUGCUGCAAAGUAA